AUGGACGUGGCAGGCCUGCGAGAUGCUGGCAGCGGCGCAGCCCCGCCUUGUUUGGCCACGGGUGGAAACAGACUGGAGCAAAUAAAGUUCAAGAAGCUCUCUCCUCUGCUAUCGGAGCAUAGUUCUGUGUAUGCUGUUUCCUGCCACAGUAGGGUCAUCCCACAGAAAACAUUUGGCUCUAUGGCUAGUCAGGCACCUGAGAAAUCUGAGAAAUGUCAGUGUGAGACACACCAUGCUAAGAGCAUCCUGUACGAGAUCCUUAACAAAGAGCAUCGAAAUGAGACCAAGUGGCACCAGCAAUAUUACCGACUCCACUGCUCCAUAGGAAGCAACGGCUGCUCUUGUGUAGACAGCAGAAGAGUUGUCCUGAAAAUGCCAGAAGUCACGUGCAGAAGAGCUUCUGAAGUGCUCUUGAAGACAUCAGCUUUUAUCAGAAACUUGCCUUCUUUUUAUCACAUGCCCUGGGAGGAUCAAGUUACUCUCAUACAGCAGAACUGGGCCCCUCUUUUUGUCCUGGGCCUGGCACAAGAAGGGGUGGAUUUUGAGCUGAGAGAGAUUUCAGCCCCUAGUUUGUUGAAAAAAAUUCUUCUCAAUCAAUCUUCUAUGGCUAGUGAUGAACUAGGCAGCUCCUCACUUGGAGCAUCUUUAGCAGAAGUGCAGAAGAUGAAGAAUUUAUUGUGGAAAUUAUGGAACCUGGACAUAAGUGCAAAAGAAUAUGCCUACCUUAAAGGAAUUAUUCUUUUUAAUUCUGGACAGCAUGUCCUAAAAUGUCUUCCCUAUGUACAAACACUGCAGCAGGAAGCUCGGCAAGCUUUGAUGGAGUUUAUCUCAAUGAUGUUCAACAGACACCUAGGCAGGUUUGCUUGGAUUCUUCAGCUACUCAACUCUCUCCAAGACAUUGAUGCAGAUGCUAUUGAAGAACUCUUCUUCAGGUCCAUCUUAGGAGAGGUCACCUUAAAUGAAUUACUUUUAGAAAUCCUAUAUAUCAAGCCAGACUGUCUUUGAAAAUA